GCAGUGACCUUCUCCCUCUGACGUCCAUUCUUUCUUUUCUCCCAGCCUGUUUUUUCCACUUUCCCCACUCCUUUGCCUCUGCUUGAACAGAUGUGCACGAUGUCAGCCUGAGGGUUAAACAUUAGGUUUGUCACACGGCUGAGAACUCCGGCUGGAGAGGAGGACAAACAAGGAGGGAGUGAAGCCGAGCUGCUGGCUUGGUUGUUUGAUGUCCUCCACCAUGGGACGACAGCCUGCAAACAUGCAUUGGGCGGAUGGAGUCUUUCUUUGGAGACAAUGAAGAAAGCACAGAGGACAUUACAAAACGUAAAAGCUCCAAAAUCAAGUCUCUGAAAACUCGUUUCUUCAGGAAGAGUAAGAAGACGGGUGCAGAAGCUGAUGCCAAGCUCAGCCAGUCAACCAGUGAUAUAACUGCUGGAAAAGUGUUGGGUUCAGAUGAAGAUUUAGCCUCUCAGGGUGCGAUGGGAUCCCGAGCGUUUUCCCAUGACAGCAUCUUUCUGGAUGAUCAAGUCCUUUCAGACCCUGAUCCAGUCAGGGUUUUAUCUCAGGAGAAUGUUCACAGCAAAAUCAAAUCUCUGCAGAUUAAACUCCAGCUGGAGAAAAGGCAUUUUGGGCCACCCCCGAUGGUUCUGCCCACCAGGAGUCCAGAGAACACGGCUCACCAGUCAGAGGACUUUCCUUUCCAUAACUCUAAUGAAACCUCAGAAGAAGGAACCCUCACAAAGACAACAUCUCAGCCAACCACUCCUCCUGUCUCACCAAUCUCCAGACUGUCUCAAACAAGAUCUCAGCCCCAAAUUCAUUUUUCUCCCCUUGGAUCCAACUAUCCCUCAACAAGUACAGUUGAGGCCCCAGUAGACUUCAGCACCCCAGCUAAAUUCAGCACCUCCUUAGAUACAUCUGCUGCCCGCCACAGGAUGUCCAUCAAACCUAGAAACCAGAGGGCCCUUGCUAAGAAGAAACCAUCUUCUGGGACUCAACCUGCAUCUCCUAUAUGCGACCUUAAAACCCCUGAGUGCUUUGAGCUUGUGCAAGAACAAGAAAUGGAGGUUGUUCCUCAAGAGGGAGAAGUAGAGGAGAGAGAUAAUGCCAAUCUUUCCCAGCUUUCUCCUUUAAAAUUUGAAGAGGUGUCACCAGUUUUACCUGAGGUAGCACCCAAAUUACCCACUCAAAGUUUUACCCAACAGGACAAAGCUCUUCCUGAGACUGACGCCUUCCCAGUUCCUCGAGUCAAGCCUCCUAGGCGAUUGGAUACAUCGUCCAGUAAACGGCCGCACUCUUCCUACAUCGAGUCAGAAAUAAAGGAGAAAAAAGAAGCCAAUUUGGAAAGCCAAGUAGCAUCCCAAAACAAGAGAAAUACUUUUAAUGUCAGUAUGACUGAAGUCUCCUCUGACCAGCUCUCCCCGUUCAGCUCGUUUUUGGCAUCCAAGGCAUUUUCUGCUCAGCAGCAGCCUCUCCAAAGGGAUGAGGACACCGCAACAAGAAUAAAGAGACAAUCACCAAGAUCUGGCUCUUUUCAUGGGUCCAGAAACUGUGAGGAAGAGAGACCUCGAUCAGGCAGUUUCACAGGAGUCCCGCAAAAUCCUGAAGCCAAAACUAAAACGUUUGGAGGAACAGAAGAGAAAAUCACAAGAGAAAAGGAGGAACAAAAAUGUUUACAGCCUAAAGGAAGCCCCUUUGCUGCAGAAAGACCCAGUAGCUCAUCUCUUCCAUGGGAGAGAAAUUUCAGCUUUAAAAAAGCAGAACCAGUGUCACCAGCCAAAAACGCACCCUCAGACACAUUCACCUUGGAGACAAUGAGAGUGGACAGCACCCAGGAGCUACUGGAUCAGGCAGAAGAAGCAAAACAACUUCCAAAGGAUGAAACAAAGACACCUUUUGGUAUUAAGCUUCGUUCCACAUCACACUCAUUUAAGUUCCGCUCUGAAGCAGGUGCUCAGCGCCAGUCAACAAUGCUGCCGCCUGAUGACCAAGAUGAUAAAAAGAAAAGUUCCACUCAAAUGUCUGAAAGGCUACUAGCAAACACGAGCUGCAUGCUCAAAUCAUCAGAUCCAGCUCCUUUUGGCAUCAAACCUUCACUCAGGCAUACCACUUCACUUGAAGAAAGUCCUCAAACCACUCCCACAGAAGUCCAAACAACCUCCCUAACCCCAAGGGAAGCUGAAACUACCCCCCUGGAGACUCAGCCUAGCCCCCAAGCAGCCUCAUCUGAGGUGUCCUGGAUGAGUCUGGCCAUGGAGAAGACCAGGAGCCUCCAACUGCUUUUUACCAGCAGAUUUCAAAGAGAUUUUACUGGAACACAAACUGCAGCUCAGCCUAAAAGUCAAGAAGAGACAAUGACCGGGUCUCAGAUCCAAGUCCAGACGGUAAAGAUUCAACAAAGCACAACACAGCCAUCAUCGGACACACUGAAAGAUGAAUCAGUUCAAAGCAGUAGUCAAGAGCAAGCUGCCAAAUCUUCAACAACCGCAAAGCAAAGGAAGAUGACCCUGAUAUCUCAGUUUGAAUCAUUCAGCGCUAAAGACUCUCCGAUGUCUAGACAAACGAGCCAAUCAGAUGUUCAAACCAUCCCAAAAACAACCCAGUCUCUAUCACGCUUAUCUCCUCAAACAGGUACCACAUCUCCAUUUACACGAGGGAAUGUGUCCCAGUUGCUUGGACCAUCUUGCCUAUCCUCAGUUCAGCAGCAAACCUCCUGGAGCAAUCGAGGUCUCCAACCUACCACCCAGCUCAAACCUGCGCCUUCAGCACCGGAGUCAGAACCUGCAGUCAUAUCAGCUGCAGCUCCUACUCUAAACUCUGCCUUGGAAAGAAGAGAAAGAGAAGCCAGUGUUCCUAAAGAAAGUCCAUCCCUCUUAAGCAAGAGGGUACUUUGGAGUGGAUCAGUGGCCGACAGGGCUGUCUUUCUGGAGAAACGGGCAGAGUGUUCAACGCUGCCAUUGCUAAAGGAGGUGGAACAGAAGAAAGUUCAAACACAAAUGCCGACCUCAGGUGAUAACACUUUGGGUAAACUUUUCCCUCUAAGCAAAGAUACAGUGGAAAUUAGGCAAGUGGCAAAAUCAGCAGGUAUGUUGGCACACAUUUGUCAUAAUAAUGCAGUUCCUUGCAAAAGCAUUCAUACCACUUCACAAUUUGUCACAGUCCAGCCACAAGGACUUUAUGAUAGACCAGCACAUAACAGCAUAAUCAGUAGAAAGAAAAAUAAUACAUGGUUUUCAGAUAUGUUUACAAGAAAAUCUGAAAACUUUGAUGUGCAUCUUUAUUUUGCCCCUUUGAGUCAAAACUUUGGAGAACCACCUAGAGGUAUAAGUGGUUAAAGAGCAGGUAUAAAGGUAUAAAGAGCAGCAUGUCUUCUGGGGUAUGUCCACUACCAGCUUUGCACGUGACUUUUUUCCUCAUUCUUCCGUGCAACAUAACUCAGGCUUAGAUGAUAUAUAGAGUUUCUGUGAAAAUCUAUUUUUAGGUGUUGUCAUAGAUUUUUGGUUGGAUUUAGGUAAGGACUUUGACUGGACCAUUCAUGAACAAGAAUAACCUUGGAUCUAAACAAGUGGUUUUCAGAUUUUUUUUAUGACAAGAGUCAUCUCACGAAAUACUACAUUUUCCAGGUACCACAGUAUUGUCAAGACAUUUCAAAACAGUUGUACUUUUCUGCUUGUUAUUUUUUUGUCAUAUGACAGCAAAAAAAAAAAUUUUUUCAUUUGUAUUUCAUGUUUGAAGUAAAUGUUCCAGGCUGGAAAGAUAAACUGAAAGGGCCCAGGAAGUUAGAGUUCCAAGUGGAAAAGAUGAAGCUUUCUCACCAGCCCCAACCCGUGUCCCCUGCUGUGUCUCCUACAUGACUUGUG